AUGGCAAGUAUAACUUUACGCAAGAGAUUAGCACUUCUAUUUACUAUUUCGAUCUUCACCAUCGCUCUGAUAUAUCAUUGGAGACUUCAGUAUUCACCUCAAAUCUCAGAGGAAAGGUUGCGUCCAAAGCCCAUACUCCCGGAAAAGCCUGGUCUUAUCAAGGAGCCAUCUGGUCAUGAUGAUACAAAGCUUCAACACUCAACAGCCUCCAUUGGUACAAGCACAUCCAUUGAUACCAUGACACAGACAUCUGAUAUUCCAACUCCUUCUAGCAUCUCAUCAAGCCCGAAUGUUACGAUUUCUCAGGGAACAUAUAUCGGAAAAGAAACAUCAAAAUAUCCACAAGUCCUCGAAGAGUUUCUUGGAAUUCCUUAUGCAUUACCACCAACAGAAGAUCUCAGGUUUCGACCUCCUGUCCCAGUGAACACAUCAACAGCAAUUUUUGACGCCACAAAACCCGCAUUGAGAUGUAUGUCUGGUCCAGAUAAUCAACCUCAAAGUGAAGAUUGUCUUCAUCUGAAUAUUCAUCGGUCCAAGAGCACCACGAAUUCAUCAAGCGAAAAAUUGCCGGUUUUGGUGCAUGUUCAUGGAGGAGCUUUCAAUUUUGGGUAUGCGAAUGAUAGGGGAAUAGCAUCUCUGGUGGGCUGGUCUAAACAACCUUUGAUUGCAGUCACAUUUGAGUAUAGAGUAGGAGCUCUGGGAUUCUUGCCAUCGAGGCUAAUGGCUGAAGAGAAUGCGUUGAAUUUGGGCUUGAAAGACCAGAAGUUGUUGUUGGAAUGGGUACAGAAACAUAUUUCAAGCUUUGGCGGUGAUCCAGAAAACGUUACCUUGAUGGGUCCCUCAGCUGGAGCUCAUUCUAUCGGUCAUCAUAUAAUGAACAAUAAUGGCUCCCCUCCCCUCUUUGCUAAAGCAAUCAUUGAAUCUGGGGGACCAACAGCUCGAGCUGUCUAUCCUUACGAUAACCCUCUCCAUGAGAUUCAGUUCUCAGAAUUCCUAGACAAACUUGAGCUUUCUAGCACUCCGCGUGCCGAAAUUCUUUCGAGACUCCGCAGUCUUCCUGUCUCAUCCAUCAAAGCGGCCUCGGAGCAAAUCUUUGAAGCUUACAAUCCCUCUCUUCGUUGGGCCUUCCAACCAUGCAUUGAUGAACCUGGCCAAGAUAGUAUUAUUCCAAUACCUCCAAUUGAGGCCUUUUUAAACAACACAUACCGUCACAUUCCCAUUCUUACUGGUUACAAUACCAAUGAGGGGUCUAUUUUUGUUCCUAAAACCGUUGAUAAAGCAGGUUCCUUCCUCGACUUCUUCCAUGUUCUCCUACCCAAUCUUCCUAUGGAAGAUCUCUCAAUCAUUGACUCCCUUUACCCAAAUCCUGAAUAUAAUCCAGACUCUCCAUACGCCUUCAACAACACAGCUCUUGAAGUGGGAAAUCAAUAUCGACGCCUCGAUAAAGCAUAUGGAGAUUAUGCGUACAUAAGUCCUGUGCGCCAAACUGCCUAUUUUGCUUCUGGGGAACAUCCCUAUGAGCAGCCCUCUUCAAAUUCAAGUUUGCUUAAAUCAGCACCAGUCUAUCUUUACGAAUACGCAGUUAACAGUAGUGUGCUUCUUGGGGCCUCUCACGGUUCUCAAUACCCAUUUCCUGCAUAUGCAUCCCAGGUGAUUGAUAAAUCCACAACGACCAAAGAGAUCGCAGGCUUGAUGCAUGCUUAUUGGACAUCCUUCAUAAUAUCUCCGACGGGAAAUCCGAAUGCAAUUCCGGGUAGAUAUCCGACUCGAAUGGUGUGGCCAGAAUACAAGGGUGGGGAAGGGAAACGACAAAAAAUGAUUUUCGGGAGAGGAAACGAUGAGAUUGCGGGAGGUAAGGAGAAGGGUGUGGUGGUAGAGAUUGAAGAGGAUAGGAAGGAUAGAGUGGAGAAGGAAGCUUGUGAAUUUUGGUGGAAGAGGGUGAAGUUGUGGGAAAGAUGA